AUGGGUGAAGAAGAUACCCCUCUACAGCUAUCAGUCAAAGACGAGAAAGAUGAUACAUUAGAUAUGGAAUUAGAUACGCCUUCUAUCGUACAAGUACAGGAAAGCAAACUUGAAGAUCUGUUCAAAGCCGAUGACGAAGAUAGAAAACCUGAGAUACCCAUAACCACGACAACUUCUGGGACGGGUUCACCAAGAUCAGUCAUAGGUGAAGAAGAUCUUAAAUCGCGUACCCAUGCACGCGAUGAUCAACCACAACCAUCUUCUUCUUCUUCUUCUUCGCCUUUUCCUACGACUGGAGGAGGUGGAAGGGGCAGACCUAAAAAAGUGAAAGAUGAAAAACCCCAAAUACAAUUAAUAGAUGAUUUGCCUACUGCUUGGGAUGAGGCUCAUGAAACAUUUGUCAGUUUGGAUAAAUGUCAUUACGAGUCUAAAGGAUUGGGGUUGUCGAGGGAACAGGAUGAGAUGAUGGUUUGUGAUUGUGUCUACGAUAAGCACGACCCAGACACAGAUCCCUGCGGACCAGAUUCAGAUUGUAUAAAUAGGGCGUUGUUCAUUGAAUGUUUGGCUGGGGAGUGUAGAGCAGGUAAACAUUGUCAUAAUCAACAGUUCAGUAGAAAACAAUAUGCGAAUGUAGAAGUGGUCUUGACGGAGAAGAAAGGUUUUGGAUUGAGAGCGGGAUCGGAUAUACCUUCGAACACCCUUAUAUACGAAUACAUAGGUGAAGUCGUGGCUGAGAAAACGUUCAGAAAGAGGAUGCAGCAGUAUGCGGAUGAGGGUAUAAGGCAUUUCUACUUUAUGAUGUUACAGAAGGAAGAAUACAUUGACGCCACGAAAAAAGGUGGUAUAGGCAGAUUUGCCAACCAUUCUUGUAACCCGAAUUCCGAAGUACAGAAAUGGGUGGUGGGCAGGAGGUUACGUAUGGGUAUCUUCACCAAGAGGGAUGUAGUGAAGGGGGAGGAGAUAACGUUCAACUAUAAUGUUGAUCGAUAUGGUCACGAUGCCCAGAUCUGUUACUGUGGUGAACCCAACUGUGUGGGAACGAUCGGUGGAAAGACACAAACGGAUGUGAGCUUGAGUACAAUGAACGACCUGUUUCUCGAUGCUCUAGGUAUUACCGAUGAGGUCGAAGCGGGUGGUAUGAAGGGGAACAAGAAGAAGAAAUCCCGUCAACUCGAUGAAGAUUUCGUGCCCACUUUACGCCCAAUCCAAGAGCCAGAAGUACAGAAAGUCGCAGCUGCCAUGCGUCAAUCGAUGGAGAAUAAGACUAUGAUGUCUAGGUUGUUACAGCGUAUAAAGAUGACCGAAGAACCCGCCGUACAGAGGCAACUUGGUAGAAUGCACGGUUUCAGUCUGAUGAGUAUGGUAUUGGCUGAAUUGGCAGAUGAUAGGGAGAUUGUUCUGCUGGCCCUCGAAAGUAUGAGUAAAUGGAAAUUGCAGAUACGAAAUAAGAUCGAAGAUUCCAACAUCGAAGAGCCAGUCAAGAAAUUACAGGAUAGUCAGGAUGAGGAGAUAAGCAAGCUUGCCAAGCAGUUGCUUGAAUACUGGGCUACUCUUGAAUUGUCGUACAAAAUCCCUCGGGUCAAAAAGCUAGCUACUCUUGAUGCCGAGGACGAAGCGGGUACUACCACGAUAGCUGAGGCAGCUUCCUAUUCCACAUCCACACCUCGUCGUCCCGAUGCAUGGGAAAACACCACGCAGAUCCAAUUGGACAUUGCCCCUGUUCGACCUCGCAUACCGAUCCCUUCAUUUCACCGACCGCGUCCUCCGCCUCCUGCACCUGCGCCCCGACCUUCCUUGCCCGUAUCCCAAUCUUCCGAUCGACUGAAACUAGACGCUAUCAUCGCUCUGGCUCAACAGAACCUUCAAUCGGCUGUAUCGAACCCUGCUCCCUCCGAGUCACCUGCUGCUGAGUCCAGCAGAUCGGGUAGUAUGGCUACAAUCGAGGAUGAUGAACGUCGGAAGAGGCAGAAAAGAUCGCAUUAUGAUUUGAGUGAUAAUGAGGGAGAGGAAGAAGCGAAGAAGGAGAAGAGGUUGACUAAACUUGUGGGAGAGGUCGUAGUGAGGAGUAUGAGUAAAUACAAGGAACAGAUGGAACAUGAUACGUUUAAGAGAUAUGCCAAGGAGUGUACUGGGAUAUUAGUUGAGAAAGAGAAAAAGGGACAUAGCUACUCGACCACUCGACAUUCAACUUUAUCAGAAGAGAAGAAAGCAAAGAUGAAAGCUUUUACCAAAGAAUUUACUCAUAAAGUUUUGAAACGACUAAAAGAAAAAGGAAAAUUGCGUCGAAUUAAUCCUCAUCCAAAUGCAUCGUCUACAUCUACACCGACAUCUACAUCGACUUCUUCACGAAAUAAUCUGAAAAUUGAAGGUGGUAUGAUCAAUACGCCCACACCUAGUGGAACAAUUAUCGAAACCCCAACUGAUCCUGAAGGGUCCACAAGGGAAGGUGAUUUGUUAGAUGAUAUUUUCGGCAAAGACGAUGAUGAUGUUGAUAUCGACAUGGAAAUGGAUAUGGAUAUGGAACAAAGUCCUUCUUCUACAUCGCUAUCAGCAUCGAGAAAGGAAAGUAUGAAUCUGGGAAAUGGAGAAAAGAGUCCCGUGGAUGAAGUCAAGACUGCUCCUGUAACUGUCAAGAAGAUGAAUGGAGGAUAUACAGUCGAGAGGUUAGAUCUGUCGACUUUGGGUAAAGUGAAUGGAAUGAAUCAUCAUCAACAACCUGGUCAAACUUCUUCAGAUGAUCAGAUGAAUCAGUGA